CUGCAGCCGGCAGCUCACCCUCCCACGACCGACAUGGCCCAGGAACGCCCCUCUAGUACUGUGGAGCCCGAGCACGUCCAGCGGCUGCUGCUGUCCUCUCGUGAGGCGAAGAAGUCGGCCUACUGCCCUUACAGCCACUUCCCUGUUGGGGCUGCCCUGCUCACCAGGGACGGGAGGAUCUUCUCUGGGUGCAACGUAGAAAACGCCUGCUACCCACUGGGCGUGUGCGCUGAGAGGACUGCCAUCCAGAAGGCCAUCUCGGAAGGGUACAAAGAUUUCAGGGCUAUUGCUAUUGCCAGUGACUUGCAAGAAGAGUUCAUCUCUCCCUGUGGAGCCUGCCGACAAGUCAUGAGAGAGUUUGGCACCGACUGGGCCGUAUACAUGACCAAACCAGAUGGCACAUAUGUAGUCAGGACAGUCCGGGAGCUGCUGCCCGCCUCGUUCGGGCCUGAAGACCUGCAGAAAGUUCACUGAAGGCUGGAGAAUACCUACUGCCUAUGAGGGCCUGGGUUCCUGCCUAAGGGACA